CGUUGGGAUUUCCUAAUACACUCCCAAGUCUUUUAACCGUUCGAUUUGUACUCAGUGGUACUUUAUACUCUGAAUUUUCGUGGUUCCGUAGUUGAGCCAUUAGGGAGGAGUAGUAGUUCAGAAGAUGCACAUCCAUUUUUGUACACAAAACUUCCAAAGUGCUGUUAGUUGAGCAAACAUUAUGCAAAGACUUUGAACUUCUUUGAAUGGUAGUUGGAAGACUAUGACUUGGGGAUAGAUAGCAUGGUUUGUUGGAUCACUUACAUGUAAAGUUUUUCUUUGGACUUUGUUCCUCAUCACCUGCCAAUAUCAGUGCCAGAGAUGGAUCCACCGCCACCACAGCCAACCACGCCGCUGCUAGCCCCCGCACCUCCUCCCUAUCACCAAGCAGGAUGCUUGGAUUUAUGUUUGUGGAUUUUGUGCUGCUGCGGUAUAUUUAAAUGUUGUUGCCCUCCACUGUUUGAGCCUGGGCCUCCUCCACCACCAUAGUGCUACAUUUUCUUAUGAGCCUACUGUAUGAAUUGUUUUGUGUAAUAAUUGGUGGACUCAAAUCUUCAUUUGAUCUAACUAUUUCAAUUUGGUUAAUUUGAUUUUUAAUUUAUGUUUACAUGCAUAUUUAUUAAUAUUUUUAUUUCACUCUUUGAAGAUUGGGUGGCGAAGAGAGGAUACAAUAUGUAUUGCAUCAAUAGUCUUUGGAUUCCUUGUAAUCCUAGGGUGACUCGAAAUCCUGCUGUUUUAGAUUCCUUGUUACUACUUCUGUAUAACCUAAGUCCUAUAUGAAUUAGUAUUGUAUCAACAGUCUGUAUAAAUACCAAUGCUGCGCCACCCUAUAUUUACAGAGUGGAAAUGUUUAUCUUUCAGGUUGAUGUUAAAUAUAAAGUGGUUUGGCGCGUCCCUUUUUUUUUUUUUUUUUUUGUUUUUUGUUUUUUGUUUCAAUUUGUUUGUUAGUGCUGCGUGUGGCAGGUAAUUUCCAAUAAAUAAAAGAUAGUCAUGGAGUUUGAGGAAGUGAAUGUUGUUGGUAGUGUAUGUGUGGGUGUAGUGGUAAGUAUACUUAGGUAAUAUUAGUUGAAAAAAAUGUUGUCUUGUGUGUGUUUGGUAUUCAAGAGAACAUGUGUGAUCAUUUUUAUGUUGGUUUUUAGCUGAUCCAGCACAUUUCACAGUUAGAAUGUAAUAUGGUGUUUUAAUGUUUGGAACCUACCAUGUCAAUGGAAACGUGAACUUCUUUGACUAUUGUGAUAGGCGGUAUGAUGGUGAUAAAAAUAAAAAAAAUAAAAAAAAUGAUGCAGUAGUAUUGGAAUUGGGUCACAGUGAGAAUAUGAUUAUUAUUGCAAGCUUUUCAGGGGAGGGUGUCAACAUGACUUUAACUUUACUGAAGGAAGAAUUCAAUGUGGUUUGUAAGUGUGACUUCAUUCUUUUUGCGAGGCACAUAGAUAUGUUCUUAGAACACCUCCAAGUAUACCAAACUAAAGAAGAAGUUUCUAUUGUUCAUCCAACUAAGUUGGGAGAUAAUGUUGGUGUUAAAGUUGACAUUGGUAAUGAAGUUACAUUUGGUGAAACUGAUUAUGUUAAUGAAGAUAUUGUCGAUGAGCGAGAAGGUAAUGUGAACGCACAAGACCCGUAUGUGAAUGAUGAAGUUGAGAUUACUGGAGCUGACGAAAAGGAUAAUUUUGGAGAACCUGUGGAUGUGGGAACAUCAUCUAGUAUGGGUACAAUGAAGAGUGCUAGACUAUGUGGUGAGCAAUCUAUCAUUUAUAACUCAUUUGAAGAAUCAAAGCAAGAUGACUGUAGUCAUUUGGAGUUUGUAGAAAGUGAUUAUGCCAUGCAUGACGAUGAUCUACGAUUCAAGGAAUUUGUUGUUUAGAGACUAGUGGGUUGGACUUGUACAAGAAAAUUAAACCAAUGGUAAGGGCGAAGAAGAAAUUGUUUGCGAGGUAGGCAAUGGUGGCGAGAUGGAAGAUUCAGUGACCCUAGGCACAAUGAUAGUGAGAAUGAUUAGGAGACGUGCCAAGAUUUUAAUGAAAACACAAACUUGGACAAUCCACAAUUUGAGAUUGAUAUGUUGUUUAGUGAUUGCAAAGCAUUUACAAAUGGCUGUCACACAUUAUCCACUACACGUCAGAGUUGAAGCUAAUGGAGCCUGAUAUUUUCAUUGUAGAUUAUUGAAAAAAAUAUAGUUUUCUCCAA